GGCUUGCAGCCGCUCCUAGGUACUCUCUUGUGCAUUGUGCCUUUGCAUUAGCCAUAAUUAGCUAGCUAACCCCCAACUGCCACCACUUUUAAUAUAACUCGUGCAUCUUUCACACCAUAAUUUUGUUUAGAUAGAUAUCGUUAAUGGUGGUUCUGCCAAGGCUGCCUUUCUCUUUUCACAUCUACUUCAAUUUAUUAUGAGCAUUUACUUCUCUUUUCCUUUUAUAGUCUGGGUUUUCACUGUUCAGGAUUCUUCAUUUCUAUUUUGCUUCUCUUUCUUUUGUGUACCAGUUUUUUUUCAAACAAGUUAGUUACCAGCCAGCCAGAGCAGAGCCAGGCCAUAUAUUCUUUGUUUCUAUUGGCAAUGAAGAACUUCUCCACUAUUGCAACUCAAUAUAUUUAUGUGCUAUUCUUCUUGCACUGCUGCUGCUGCACCAUGUUUGUUCUGGUUUUAGUGCAAGCAGCAGACCCUUCAUCAUCGGAAGCACCCAUGCACAAAGCAGAGCAACAAGCUCUUUACUCUGCUGUUCAAGCCUUUGUGGGCAGCUGGUGGAACGGCUCAGAUCUUUAUCCUGACCCUUGUGGCUGGACCCCAAUUCAGGGAGUCUAUUGUGAUCUCUACAAUGACUUCUGGUAUGUUAGUGUUAUAAACAUCGGGCCGCUCUACGACAACUCUCUUCGGUGCACCACAAAUAUUGCUGAGUUUUCACAUCACCUGUUCAACCUCAAGCACUUGAAGGUCCUCUCAUUUUUCAGUUGCUUCCUCUCACCAAGCCAAAACCCUAUAACAAUUUCCACUUCGAACUGGGAAAAGCUUGCAAACAGCUUAGAAUCCUUGGAGUUUCGAUCAAACCCCGGUCUCAUUGGAACAGUUCCAAACACUUUUGGUUACCUCAGAAACCUGCAAUCUCUAGUUCUGCUAGAAAAUGGAUUAGGAGGCAACUUGCCUGAGGAAAUAGGCACUUUGGUCAACUUGAGGCGGCUUGUCCUUGCAGGAAACCAAUUUUCAGGUAAGAUUCCAGAAAGCUUUGGAGGGUUGAGUAAGCUCUUAAUAUUGGAUGCAAGCAGAAAUAAACUGUCUGGUUCAUUGCCUUUUACUUUUGGAAGUUUGACUUCACUUCUAAAGCUGGACUUAAGCAACAAUAUGUUGGAGGGGAAGUUGCCUAGAGAGAUUGGAAGGCUAAAAAAUCUCACACUUUUAGACCUUGGCAGUAACAAAAUAUCUGGUGGGUUAGCUCAGUCACUUGAAGAACUGGUUUCCGUAAAAGAAAUGGUGAUAUCCAACAACCCAAUGGGGGGCGGCUUGAAGAGCAUUGAGUGGCAAAAUCUACAAAGCUUGGAAAUUUUGGACCUUUCAAACACAUGCUUGACAGGGAACAUUCACAAGUCCAUGGCAGAAAUGAAAAGGCUUAGAUUUUUAGGACUUAACAGCAACAAUCUCUCAGGAAGAGUAUCUCCAAGGCUGGCAGCUCUGCCUUGCAUUGGUGCUCUUUACCUUUAUGGCAACAAUUUCACUGGAGAACUUGAAUUCUCAGAAUCCUUUUAUAGGAGGAUGGGGAGGCGCUUUGGAGCUUGGAACAACCCAAAACUUUGUUACAGGGCUGAAGUAAAUUCAACAGGCCAUGUUCCUUAUGGGGUAAAAUCAUGUAAGCAAGAAACCACUAUUUCUGGUAAUGUUAUUUCAAAUGCCAAGUUCAGUGAAGCAAAUUGGGAUCACAGUAUCCAAUUUGUGGCAUCCUUGGGAUUUUCAAGUUGUAAUCUUGAUGGGGUUCUGUGGGUUAUUAUUGUCCAAGGGAUGUUGUUUAUUCUUCUUCUUUGAAAUGUAGCCUCAUAGAUGAAAUUAAUAACUGUUUCCAACA